AUGUUCAGGAAGUUCAGAAAAAGCACAAGAGGAGGCAAGGCCACUCUGCCGGAAGGCGGGUCGUCGCAUCACGUCUGUCACGAAUGUGGACAGAGUCUGAAGAGCACAAUCAACAGUCCCCCCGCAGACCAGGUCGCCGCCACACCAUACAAGUCAACUUACCCCGAGAGUCGAGGUUCAAGUGACAUUUCCAGCAGUUCGGAUAGCGGCUACGGCAGCAUGGGUAGCUCUCGGCAUUCGGAAGCCCGAUUGGACUUCAGCGACAACCAUUCAACCACGUCGAUUCCACUGCCCACGAGACGACCCACCUACAACUCCAGCAUUUAUUCAGACGCCAGCACGUUUGACCGGCCUGCUCGGCAUCAAAGAAUGGUGGAGCCGUCACAGGUCGCGACUCCCACCUACGAUCAUCUAUUCGACUUGCCGCCUCGCACAUUCACCAAUUACUCCGAGAAAUGGAAGCCAAAGUCACGCUAUGCUAGGCUCAAUGAGUUACCAGCCGCCAGCCCGAGAGCAUUCGCAUUCCCAGACGACGUUCUGGUUCCGAAUACCGAUGUCGAAUCAGACCGGACUUCGACAGAGAAAAAGAGACGGUCGCUGAUUCUUCGGCCCUCGUCGUUCCGAAGGCUGACAGCUCGCCGAUCAAAAAGCCAAUGA